AUGGCGACGGAACACAAGCGCUAAUUCAGUGGCGGAUCUUCCAGCUGCAGUCGGUGAAUUAGUUUGUCAUUUACACCGUAAGAUGGAGAUUUGUAGCGACGAUACAACCCAGCCAUACUCUUAAGGUUGCAAGCACUGAGUGGUUUUAUCCGUUUAAGUUCGUGCAGAGACUCCUGAAGGAUAAGUGCAACUUCACACAGCCAUGGCAGAGGAACGUCGGCAGAAGCAGUGCUCAGUCGUCCUUCCAACAGAGUCGAUGAAGGCCAUGGCAGAGUCUGUGGGAGUGGGGCAGCUACAGGAGGAGAGCUGCGUAGCCCUCAGUGAAGAGGUCAGCUAUCGAAUAAAAGAGAUUGCACAGGAUGCCUUGAAAUUUAUGCAUCAUGGAAAGAGACGAAAAUUAACCACGAACGACAUAGAUAAUGCUCUCAAGCUGAAAAACGUGGAGCCUCUUUAUGGCUUCCAGUCCCAAGAGUUUAUCCCCUUUCGCUUUGCGAGUGGCGGUGGAAGAGAGCUUCAUUUCUACGAGGAAAAGGAAGUCGAUCUCAGCGACAUAAUAAACACACCGCUGCCCAGAGUUCCACUAGAUGUGUCUCUUAAAGCUCACUGGUUAAGUAUUGAAGGAGUGCAGCCUUCUAUUCCUGAAAAUCCUCCUCCAGUACCAAAAGAGCAACAAAAAGCUGAAUCUACAGAGCCCCUCAAAGUGGUUAAACCUGGUCAGGAGGAGGAAGGUACACCUCAAGGAAAGACUCAGGGCACAACGCCCCCUGAUAACAAAGGAAAAGAAAAGGGCCUGAUAAGGUUGAAACCUCGCAGCACUCACGAGCUGUCUGUCGAACAGCAGCUCUACUAUAAAGAGAUCACAGAAGCUUGUGUCGGCUCCUGCGAAGCCAAGAGAGCGGAAGCCUUGCAGAGUAUCGCUACAGAUCCUGGACUGUAUCAAAUGCUGCCAAGAUUCAGCACAUUUAUUUCCGAAGGGGUUCGUGUAAAUGUGGUGCAAAACAACUUAGCUCUGCUGAUUUAUCUGAUGCGGAUGGUAAAAGCUCUAAUGGACAACCCAACUUUGUACUUGGAGAAAUACCUGCAUGAGCUCAUCCCAGCAGUGGUCACCUGCAUAGUGAGUAAGCAGCUGUGUUUACGACCAGAUGUUGACAACCACUGGGCUUUACGAGACUUUGCUGCUCGCCUGAUGGCCCAAAGUUGUAAAACUUUCAGCACGACAACCAACAACAUCCAGUCCCGGAUCACCAAGACCUUCACCAAGAGUUGGUUGGACGAUAAAACUCAGUGGACGACACGUUACGGCUGCAUCGCUGGACUUGCAGAACUGGGACCAGAUGUAAUUAAGACAUUGAUCCUUCCCCGGCUUGCUGUAGAGGGUGCUCGCAUCAAAGCGGUGAUGGAAGGACCUGUUGUCUCCAACAUCGAUAAGAUAGGAGCUGACCACGUUCAAAGCCUCCUGCUGAAACACUGUGCCAGUGUCAUUGCUAAGAUCCGACCUCAGGGGGACAACGUGGAGCAGUAUCGGGCAGACUAUGGCUACCUCGGACCGAUGCUGUGCUCUCAUGUAAUGAAGGCCCGGACUCAAGCGGCAUUGCAGGCUCAACAAGUCAACAGGACCACGUUAACAAUCACACAGCCUCGUCCCACCCUGUCAGUCUCUCAAAGCGGGCUGAGCGGGUCGACAGGUCCUCGCACUCCCAGCAUCAUCAAGGUACCAAGCUCCCUCACCCUGAUGUCCCCUCGGCCCGGAACUCCAUCGCAGCCAUCUCCUCCAGCAACAAAGUACAUCGUCAUGGCAACCAGCGCCGGAGCUGCCUCCACCCAGCAGGUGAUCACCAUCAGCUCUUCGCAGUCGGCCUCGCCAGUCACCAGUACAGUUCCCAGCGCGACUUCCACCCUGCAGCCUCUGGUCAAGCUGGACUCUGGCAGUGGCCCCGGACUGACUAGUUCCAGACCUCUGCAGAAGUACAUAGUCGUAUCUUUGCCUUCAUCUGCCUCAUCCUCUUUGGAGCCCAAGAGCUCGGUGCUGCCCACCUCAAUCUCCUCCACCUCACUGGACACGGGGAUGAAGCUAGACCGGUCCGAGUCUCCGGGAGCGAGCACGCAGUCGCCACACUGAGACCACUUGUGUGUUGUAGUGGAGAUUCUUGCCAUGUUGGAGCAGCUGAACACACCAGGACGGUUGUUUGGGCUGAACUUGAAAGGGUUAACUCUGGGGCGACAUGAAGGGGAGGAAGAGAACUCUUGACUGAUGAAGAGUAAAAUAUGACCAGACAUUGUAAAUAUAUCAGUGCCCAACAGAAAAAAAAACACCCAA